AUGAAUAUAAGUGAUGAAGAAUUAAAUAAACGAAAAAAGUUUUAUGAUAUGCUAAAAAAUAAUCAAACAGCACAUUUAAAAAAUUCAAAUAUUAGUUUAAAUUUGAAUAAUAAUGUUGAAAGCCAUUUUAACAAUAAAUUAAAUAGUCAAUUAAAUGAAGAGUCAUUAGAAAAUUAUUAUAAUGAAAAAUACAAAAACAUUAAUAAUAUAAAAAGUCAAGUAAAUAUGAAUACAUUACAUAAUUUUAGUGAUUAUUCUUAUUCGAAUGGUAAUAAUUGUGAAUAUAUAAAUAAAAAUGAUAAAAUUAACCAUUUUGUAAAUAUGUCAAAUGAUAACUCAAUAUAUAUAUCUAAUUUAAACAAUAUAGAUAAUAAUUCUCCUGUAAAUCAAGGAAAAAAUAAUUAUGAAAAUAAAAAUAAUAGUCAUAUGGAUAAUAUAUCUAAUAACAAAACUUAUGAUUUAAUUAAUAAUACAAAACAUAAGACUUCAUCUGAUAUUAUCAAUACAGAUAAAAUGAAUAAUUCACUAAAAUUAUAUAACAAUAUAGAUAUGAGUUUUAUUUAUAACAAGUAUGAUAAAAAUGGAUUAAUUUAUUGUAAAAAAAUAAAAUUUCAUUUAAAGAAUGAGAGAGAUAAUGAUUAUACUAAUUUUUUAGUUGUCAAAAUUAAUACGUUAAAAAGUACGUCAGGAAAACAGUAUAUGCGAUUAGAAUUAUCAGAUGAUAAAAAUGAAUCAUUUUUUUAUUAUCUAGAUCUGUUUGAAGAAAAUUAUGAAAAAAUAAAAAGAGAACAAAAACUAGUUAUAAAUUUUAAUUUAUUUCCAUUUAAGUUUAUAGAUUUGUUAGAAGAGUGCGUUCUUGAAUGUGAACAAUAUGAAGACAUAGAUGAUCAAAGAUUAAAUGCUGUUUUAAUAUUUGAGAAUAAAACAGAUAAUCAAAAUAAUAAUUUAAGUUUAAAUGGAGAAAAUGAAAGCACUUAUAAUAAAUUGAAUAAUUACAAUUAUUACAAAAAUGAAAAAAGCAAACCUGUAGAAAAUGCUAUACUAAACCUUGUGGAAAUAAAUCAGUUCAAAGAAUUAACUCAUCUUUCUUUAGUUUUGAAAAAAGCUGAUAAUGAAAAUGUUAUAAAAUAUUUAUGUAACAAUUUAAAAUAUAUUAAAGAAUACAAUUAUGAAAUUAUUAAAAAAUUGAAUGAGGAAAUUAUUAAUAAUAAUAAAAAUAAUAUGGAAAUAAAAAAUUUAGAAAAUACUAUUGAAAAAUUAGAGAAUGCAAUGAAAACUUUAAAAAAUGAUUUUAGUAAUGCAUUAGAUAAUGAUAUAAAUAAUUUAAGAGAAAAACAUUUAAAUGAAAUAAAUAAUUUAAAAGAAGAACAUCAGAGAAUUAUUGAGAAAAAGGAAGAAAAAUUUACCAUAGAAAAUGAUGAAUUGAAAAAGGAUUUAGAAAAUUUUAAAAAUAAAUUCAAAGAUUUAAAUGAAUUAAAUGAAAAUAAUGAGAAACAAAUUUUCAAUUUAAAUAGUAAAGUUAAAACAAUGAAAAAUGAAUUAGAAGAAAAAAAUAUAAACUUUUUAAAACUUGUAAAAGAAAAAGAAAAUAUUGAAAAUGAAAAAAAUGAAUUAGAAAAAUAUAAAAAUACAUUUACAAUAGAAUUUAAUAAUUUAAAAAGUAAGUAUGAAAAGGAAUGUGAAAGUAAUAUAUCCAAUAAUUCUAGUUAUGAAAAUAUAAAAAUAAAUAAUAGUACACUAGAAUCAGAACUUAAAAAGCAUAAAGAAAGAAAUGCAAAAUUAGAAAAAGAAAUAAAUAUUGCUAUUGAUGAAAUAAAUAAAGGAAAUGAUAUAAUAACAAAAUUACAAAAUCAAUUAAAGAAAAUGAAGGAUAAAUUAAAAACUAAAACAUUAGAGCAUGUAAAUAUAGAAAAAACAACUUCACAAAGUAUUAAUGAAAUUAAUAAGUUACAAAAUGAUCUAAAAAAUCUUCAAAUAAAAUUAAAUGAAAAGUGUUCUUCCGAAGAAAAUUUAAAAAGAGAGGUUGAUAAUUUGAAAAGAAAAAAUGAAGAGAUAAUUAAAGAAUUAAAUAUAUCCAGAGAAGUUAAUCUAAGAUUAAAUAAAGAAAUAACAAACAAAAGUUUAGAUCAGUAUGCUACUAAAAUAGGUAAUUUAGGGACACCUAACGGUUUAUCAAGAGUAAAUUUACCAAUAGAUACGAAUUUAUUAGAUAAAGAUCUCUUUACUAAAUUAAAAGCAAAUUUAAAAAACAGCACCAUUCCUACAUAUGCGUCAGAAAAUAACAUGAAUAAUUUGAAUUUAAUAACUGGAAAAAUAGCAUCUUUAGAUAUCAAUGAUAGAUAUAAUAAACCUGUGAAAUUUAUUCCUCCAGGUAUUUAA